UUCAGCUCAGUAAUAUUAAAAGAGAAGAAGAUUAAGAUGGUUUUAUUACUAUUAGUACUAUAUACAUGUGCUUUUUGGAGCAGGUAGUUUUGUAAUGCUUUAUAUUAUGCUUGUUUGGACUAUGUCGUUUUGCUUGUAAUUCACAUGCACGCAUUGCAGUAUGAAUAUGGUAAGAUUGAUUUUUUACAAAAGAUGAUGCAAGUUAGAUUCCGUUUCUUUUCUGUCGAACAUAACAGUCAUCCUUUUUAAAGGAAUAUAUGUCAGGAUCAAUGAUUGAAAAAAGUAAAAAAGAAAUGAAAUGAAAGACACAUCUUUCGUGAGUGUAUAUGUUUAUGUAUGUUGUAUACGUAUGCAUAUCUAUGUGGUGGAUUAUGAUUUGGUUUAUGGAAAUCAUUAUGAUCUACUAAUAAACAUAGUAGCGCCUAUUUUAGACCAGCAGAAUAUUUACUGUAGCUAUAUAUGAUGACUCUUGGUGGGUAGAAUGGAUUCUUUUUGUUUCCUGACUGAUGUGGUUGUGUCAUGGAAUGCGGUGGCUACCUUUAUUCAAAUGUACAAUACUGUUUACGGAUUGUUACCCAGUAUAUGAUAUGCUCAAGUUGUAUGUAAUUGGAAUUCUUUUUACUUAUAAACGUAUACGAAAGGUUUAGUUUUCUGAAAUUGCUCUUUUCUUCUCGUUUAAAAAAUCUUUGUUCCCUGCUUUCCCAGUGCUUCAUAGGUUAGUUUUAGUGCAAGUCUUAUUUUGCAUAUUCAAAGCACCACUUCAAAUGUGGCUUCACUUGCAGGACAAAAUGAUUAACAAACGAUCUUUUGGUGAUGAGGGUUCUUUUGAGGUUGCUUGUAAGCACCCUAGACAUUUGGAACACUAUAAUGAGCCUGCUCCAUAUGUGGAUGUUUUUCAUUUUAGUGAUGCUUCCCAGAAAUUUCAAACUCCAGAUGGCAAAGGUGACGGGAGUUGUAAAUUUCAAGAGGAAGGAAGGUCUGCAGCUGCAAGGGACAUGGCAACUGAAGUCACAAAUGAGACCUACAAAGAACUUGGGACUGGUGCUUCCGGAAGCAUGGCCAAAUGUUUGUGGGUCAACAACAGUAUUGUUGAAGCUAAUGUAAGAUCCGAGUCAGAAGCUCAUCUUUCAUUGUUCCCAGAAUUUUUUGGACCUGUAAACCAAUUGAGGGAUAUACAUCAUUCUGACAAGAUCUGUUCAUCUCCUGUUGAUUAUUCUCCUCAUUACCUAGUCUCUGUUGGACCCGAGCAUCAAGCUUAUGUUCCAGACUGCGGCCAUGAGGGUUCACACACUUCAGAACAUGAACGGCCUUUGGGUGUUGAUGAGGAAAAGCUAAUGGGUACCUGUGUCCUUUCUAUGCCUGACCUUGAAGCAUCUGCAAACUUUUGCUGUGAGGGAGCCAGAGACAACUGUAUGUGUGCUGAUUCAGGUUCUGUAAGAUGUGUCAGACAGCACAUCACAGACGGUAGAAAGAAAUUAAGGGAAGACCUUGGGCAGGAGCUUUUUGAAGAGUUGGGCUUUUGUGAUAUGGGAGAGGAGGUUGCAGAUAAAUGGAGUGAAGAGGAAGAGCAUCUGUUCCAUGAUGUUGUCCUCUCUAACCCUGCAUCACUGGGUAAGAACUUCUGGCAUAAUCUCUCAGUGGCCUUUCCUUCACGAACGCAUAAGGAUGUUGUCAGCUAUUAUUUUAAUGUGUUUAUGCUCCGGAGGCGUGCUGAGCAGAAUAGGUUUGAUCCUCUAAACACUGAUAGUGAUGAUGAUGAGUUGCAAAAAAGUGAAUUUGGACUGGUAGAGGAUAAUGAGGAGCCUGUGGUAGUAUCUCCUAUUAAUCUAGAUGCUUCUGCCUAUAAUGAGGAAGACCACUUACGGGGUGCCCAAGUAUACAUUGAAGAUGCGGAUGACAUAGAUGGUUAUGACGAUGCUGCCGUGGUUGGAUGCAAAGGUAUUAAUGACAAUGAGGGGGGUGAUAUAGAUGAUGGCUCAGGAGCCUCUCAUGCUGGGAAUUUCCCUGGUGAUUGUGGCAGAUCCACUGAAUCUCGGCUUUUGUUUAAAACUUCUGAGACUGUUAGAGCAGAUUAUGAUAUUCAAGAUGAUUCUUGCACAUCCUAUGACUAUCAGCAAGACAGUUAAUCGGUAGUAUCAUGGGAAAUGGUGCAAGAGACUGCAGUGCGAGAUGAACAUGCUCAUUGUCGCAAUGUGUGUGAACAUCUGACUGUACCUAUUUGCUUUUCAAGUCAAUAAGUUCAAGAAGAAAAGGGAAACCAAGGCUUCUUGGUUCCAAGAUGAAAGUUGAUUUCCUUCAAUGUCUUCCGGUCUUGUAAGAUGGGUAGCUACAGAUAAUGGAGAUUGUAACGCAAGUUGUGUCCAUGGAUGGUCGAGGGGACUACAUUGGAGUUUUUCCUUGAGUGGGUGGAAAUCCUUUACCUGUGAUAUAGAACUGAAAAAAAUCAAAAGCUUGUUGCGAACAAUUUCACCAUGUUUUUGCUAGUGUUGAAUUUACCUGUAUGUUACAGCUUGAAAUCUCAUCUGUAUUAUUUUUGGUCAAACACAAUAAGAAAUGGGAAAAAUGCACCAACA